UGAUUGUUUCAAUCGUACGAUUUCUUUUCUGUUUCAUACCAAUCCGAAUCUUACGGCAGAUGACAUGGGUAGCAUAAUUUCCCCCCCAACUUGUCAUCAACAAUGGGCGGCAAAUUUCUGUUGCUUUUAAUUGUACUCUGGUGGUUUUUCUAUUAUGGUAUUAUUCUCUGUUCUUUUCGCCUAUUGCUCUUUCUUCCUGCUUUCCUUUGCACUACAAGCGGCCAUGUAUUUCUUUUCCUCUAAUCUGGGUGGCUAUUGUCCUUCUUGCGGUUUUCUACGAAUAAAAAACGGGAAAAGGUGCCCAUAUACUGCGCCUAGGGCGGGAGCACUUGAACUUUGGGAUAAAUGGUUGGGCGGCUUAUCUGCAGCAAUAUCCAUUUCAUCGAGCAUGGGACGGCUAUCUGAAUUGUUAUUUUCUGUCACUUCUUUGUUCUUCCGGUAUUGUUUUGCAACGCUUCUCCGCCCUUUUUCUUUUUUUUUUUUUUCUAUGUCUCUUUUAAUCGGGCUGGAAUUUUGCUUUUUUGGUUGUUUGGAAACACUUACAUUGGGUGAAAUGGAAAUGGGCGGCCUCAUUGAUAUUUUCACUGUUUUGACGGAUUAUAUGAAGUCUGAAUGCUGCGGUUUUGGUACAUAGCUACACUGCAAAUAUUAUUUUAUGGUUAUGAUUUGAUAUUCUGCCUAUUGGUACGGUUAUACCGCGGCUAGCGGUUUGCGGCACGCUGCAUAUUUCCUCUUUCGGGAGAAUUUUCUCGGCAAAUGACAUCACCAUCAUCGCUGUCUUUCACUCCGUACACCGACCGCAGCGACUAACUGUAGCUCGGCCUUAUUUUAAUUUUUUUUCUUUCCACAAAAGAGAAAAAUCGAAGAGGGGGAAAUU